CUCAUGUCAUAAUGUAGAUCCACCCUUGGCAACAGCCACCGCCGACGCCUGCUUUCUCGAAUUUCUUCGCCCUUGCCCGAUGAUCCCUCUCGGUCAUCGACCUCCUUCGUAGCAUCGUCGCUCGGGAGGGCCUCACCAUGCUCUACCACGGCAUGGUCGUGAUGCUCACCUCCGUUAGCUUUCAGUCCUUUCUCUUAGCUUAUCAAAUCAUUGAAAGCCAUGGAAAAAUAGUGAGGAAGAAAAUCGAUGAGGAGCUCAAGAAGCUUGAUGAAAAUAUUUUAUUAGCUCGGGCGGUCCAUGAGCGGUUUGCGUUCGCCAAAAGGGUUCUGGGAAUUAAGAGGAAGAUGUUUGCUAAGAAGCGCUACGUCGAGAAGGCUUUGAUGAAGAAGACAUAAGCUUCCUAUACAUCUCUCUAGUUUCUGAGUUCUUACUGAUGUAUCCUUGUUGUUAUUGUCUUUCCAAUUUUUAAUCAGUUCAUAAUCAUAUGGUGCGGUCGAAAUAAAAGGCCAAUUUAGUGGUUAGAGACAAUGAAGUUUUUUA